AUGGGUCCAAUCGCGAGGAACGCGGGCACCCCUCACCCCUACGGCGCCGAGGAAGCGGAUCGGCAGCCUGACUGCACCUUCAGUUCCGCCAAGGAUGACGCCAGCGUUCCUCUCCACCCCGGCGCGAAGCGCCUCUUCGAUCACGCACCGGUGCUACGCCGCAUUCCCAUCUUCGGGGAGACCUGUGAGGCAUACGGCCCCGCGUGUACCAUCAGCCUCGCCCUCUCCUACUUGCUCUGCAAGGGCAUCACUUAUAAUAUUUUUACUUUCUCUUUCUACCCUAUGCUUCAAACACGUUUUGGGAUAGAUGCAACCCGUUACCAGCGUCUCUUAGCCGUUAUGAAGCUUGCUUGGGCCAUGAAGGCCUUUACUGCCAUGCUAUCCGAUACAUUCGCUUUCCUCGGUUAUACAAAGCGCUGGUACAUGUUUGCCUCGUGUGUGGUGGGCAGUGUCUUCGCGCUGCUCUACGGUCUGUUGCCAGCCAAGCCGUCAUCCGCUGAUUUUGCUACUGCUUUUGCUUCUCUAAGUAACUUUGGUAUUGCCACUGUGGACAUUCUUUCCGAAGGCUAUUACAGCCGUUUUAUGCGUAGGAUCCCCGAGUCUGGGGCAGCGCUGGUGAGCUGGGUUUGGUGGAUCGUGACCAUUGGGGGUUUUCUGGCUUCUAUUUUCCAGGGCCCGUUAUCCGAUCUUAAGAUGCCGCAAGUCGGUGUGUUCAUCGCCGCUGGGUUGCAGCUACUUGCAUCUUUGAUUUACCUCUUCAACCUGUACGGCGAGAAGACGAACCGUGAGGAGCGCAUUGAGGAUGCACGUAUUAUGCACAAGGAGUUGCUCCUGGAGCUCGAGAAGGGGAAAGCUCUAUGCCGUAAGAAGGGGAAGGAAGGCAGUCUUGAUGUAGAUCAGGGAAAGGCUCUACAGCUGGAGGUGAGCCCAGAGCUUCUGCUGCCGCAGCCGAUCAUCGGUUGCUGUGGACUUGUAGAGAUCAACAAGGAGGUCGUCAUGCGGAACAAGAGGAUUGUUACACACAGCGUUAUCAUGACAGCCGCGGCCGUAAUCAUGGCUCUCGGCAACCUCUUCGCAGGUAAGCUAGGGUUGCUUGUUAUCUGCGUAGUGGUGUCACUAGUGUGCUCUGUGAUAUCCUUUUGGUCACUGCCGCUCAUUAUUGCUAAGGCCAGCGUCAUGAUUUAUCUUAAUUUUGUGCUCUACAUACAGCUACCUGGUCUGCUGGACAGUUUUUACCUCGCUAAAGAAAAUUGCCUGCAUGACGGGCCGCACUUCUCAAAUACUUUCUACAAUACUAUUGCCGUUGGCAUCAUCGGUAACCUGGCUGGUUUAGUCGGUGUCAUGGCGUUCCAUUAUAUUUUCUCGAGGUGGAAAUACCGUCUAUGCCUAGUUGUAACAACGUUUCUAUGGAUGUUUGCCUCCGUCUUCGACAUUAUCAUGCUUAAACGUUGGAAUAUAAAAAUCGGCAUCCCCGAUCACGUCAUGUACGUUUGUGGUGACGCCAUCAUUGGAAAUGUGCGCUUCAAGCUUUCAUGGAUGCCAAUCAUGGUACUGGUGUCGCGUUUGUGUCCGCGAGGCUCCGAAAGCACGGUGUAUGCGCUCCUAGCUGCUUCCAACAACCUCGGUCAGGCCACCAGCACUUCGAUAGGUGCCAUUCUGAUGGAGUAUGUGUGGCCCAUCAGAAGUGUUCCGCCGUGCGACUUCAAAAAUGGCCCGUGGCUUGUCAUUGUCGGUCACAUCCUCUUACCGCUCCUGAUCAUCCCGCUGACCAUGUUACUGCCAAACGUCCGUAUGUGCGACAAUAUCGACAUCGAUGGCAACGUGAUAUCGAAAACGACAGACGAAGAGCCCCACGUGAAGUCUGCCAAGGGUAGCAACGAGGUCCGCUAA